AACUCACACACUUUCCCUCUCUCUCUAUGUUUUAUGAAGGUGUCGGUGUCGGCAUAUUAGUUAAGUUCGUAGUUACAUUGUCCCUUUCGUCAUGCCUAAGCCAUUUGAGUGUAUAUGUAGUUUACAGCUAUGCACAUGCAUUGCAAGUAGAAAAAAGAAAGCUUAAACUUUGAAUUAAUAAAAAAAGAAGCUUAAACUUUGAGAGUAAACACUAGACAGAGUUACACACUCUCUCUCUCUCUGUCGGUCAAUUUUUCGAUCCGGGUCUAUUUUAUUAAGUUCUGAACCUUGUGGAGCGUUGUCACAUUCCUUGAUGGGAAUUGCUGAAUUGGGGUGCUCCUGAUUCUGUCUCUUCCUCUCUCUCACUCAACUUUCUUGGUUUUGUGAUCCAGUUAUUGGCUUCAUUGGCCAGGAAUUUCAUCUGGGGUUGUCACAAUCUGAGUGAUCCAUCUACUUUGGUGGCAAAGAUUGCUCUUUUAAGUGAUCUGAUUCGCGGUCUUGUCCACAGGUCUUAUUCAGAUCCGAGCUUCAAUUUCUAUACCAAGAGAAGGAGCUGAUUCUGAAGUUUGACUUGGAGUGGAUUAGAAGAGAGAAAUCUUCCAAACUGAUCUGAGCAAUUGGAAAGUGCACAAGGCUUUUAAGUAACGUGUGUAUCUUGUUGAGCUUAAAGUAUCUUUUGAUCCGUUAUUGGCAUCUGAAUAGAGCUUAGUUAGAGUCUAUGAUGGAGUCAGAAGGAGAAGCUGGGGCAAAGCCAAUGAAAACAUUGGGUGGCAAAAUCUGCCAGAUCUGUGGUGAUAAUAUUGGGAACAAUGCGAAUGGCGAUCCUUUCAUUGCCUGCGAUGUUUGCGCUUUCCCUGUCUGCAGGGCGUGCUAUGAAUAUGAAAGGAAGGAUGGAAAUCAGUCUUGCCCUCAGUGCAAGACCCGGUACAAGAGGCACAAAGGAAGUCCUGCAAUUCUUGGAGACCGAGAAGAGGAUGGGGGUGCUGAUGAUGGUGCCAGUGACUUCAAUUACAAUUCAGAGAAUCAGAAUGAAAAGCAGAAGAUUGAGCAUAUGUUGGGCUGGCAAAUGGCAUAUGGGCGUGCAGAGGAGGCCAUUGCUCCGAAUUAUGAUAAGGAAGUUUCUCACAAUCACAUUCCUCUGCUCUCCGGUGGACAAGAGGUUUCUGGAGAAUUAUCUGCUGCCUCACCUGAGAGGCUGUCAAUGGCAUCCCCAGGUGGCCGAGGGAAGCGUGCCCAUAAUCUUCAAUAUUCGUCUGACCUUAAUCAUUCACCAAAUAUCAGGGUUGGGGAUCCUGGAUUGGGCAAUGUGGCAUGGAAAGAAAGAGUUGAUGGCUGGAAAAUGAAGCAAGAUAAGAAUGUUGCUCCAAUGAGCACGGGCCAAGCUACUUCUGAAAGAGGAGCUGGAGAUAUUGAUGCUAGUACUGAUGUGCUUGUGGACGAUUCCUUGUUGAAUGAUGAGGCUCGGCAACCCCUCUCUAGGAAGGUUUCUAUUCCAUCAUCUAGGAUCAAUCCAUACCGUAUGGUCAUUGCUCUGCGGUUGGUUAUCCUAUGCAUUUUUCUGCAUUAUCGAAUAACAAAUCCUGUGCCCAAUGCAUAUGCAUUGUGGUUGAUAUCAGUUAUAUGUGAGAUUUGGUUUGCCAUAUCUUGGAUAUUGGAUCAAUUCCCCAAGUGGCUCCCUGUGAACCGUGAAACAUAUCUUGACAGACUUGCACUAAGAUAUGAUCGGGAAGGGGAACCAUCACAGCUAGCAGCUGUUGACAUUUUUGUCAGUACUGUUGAUCCAUUAAAAGAACCCCCGCUUGUGACUGCUAACACUGUCCUAUCUAUUCUUUCUGUUGACUACCCAGUGGAUAAGGUCUCCUGUUAUGUCUCUGAUGAUGGUGCUGCUAUGUUGACAUUUGAAGCUCUGGCUGAGACAUCAGAAUUUGCUAGGAAAUGGGUUCCUUUCAGCAAGAAAUAUAAUAUCGAACCUCGGGCACCUGAGUGGUAUUUUGCACAGAAGAUUGACUACUUGAAAGAUAAGGUUCAACCAUCAUUUGUCAAAGAUCGUAGAGCAAUGAAGAGAGAAUAUGAAGAAUUUAAAAUUCGCAUCAAUGGACUUGUUGCAAAGGCACAAAAGAUUCCUGAAGAAGGAUGGGUGAUGCAAGAUGGUACGCCAUGGCCUGGAAACAACACUAGAGACCAUCCAGGAAUGAUUCAGGUUUUCUUGGGCCAAAGUGGAGGACUUGACACUGAGGGUAAUGAACUUCCACGUUUAGUCUAUGUUUCUCGUGAAAAGCGUCCAGGGUUCCAACAUCACAAGAAGGCUGGUGCCAUGAAUGCACUUGUUCGAGUGUCAGCAGUCCUUACUAAUGGACCUUUCUUAUUGAAUCUUGAUUGUGAUCACUACAUAAACAACAGUAAAGCCUUGAGGGAAGCUAUGUGCUUUAUGAUGGAUCCCAACCUUGGGAAAAAUGUUUGCUAUGUCCAGUUUCCACAGAGGUUUGAUGGUAUUGAUAGGAAUGAUCGAUAUGCCAAUCGCAAUACUGUUUUCUUUGAUAUAAACUUGAGAGGUUUGGAUGGCAUUCAAGGUCCUGUUUAUGUGGGUACUGGAUGUGUCUUUAAUAGAACAGCUUUGUAUGGCUACGAACCUCCUAUUAAACCCAAGCAUAAAAAGCCUGGGUUUCUUUCUUCACUCUGUGGUGGUAACCGAAAGAAGAGAUCAAAAUCUAGCAAGAAAGGCUCAGACAAGAAAAAAUCUAGCAAGAAUGUUGACCCAACUGUGCCCAUCUUUAGUCUUGAGGAUAUAGAAGAGGGGGUGGAAGGUGCUGGAUUUGAUGAUGAGAAAUCACUACUUAUGUCACAAAUGAGCCUCGAGAAAAGGUUUGGUCAGUCUGCUGUCUUUGUUGCCUCUACACUCAUGGAGAAUGGUGGCGUUCCUCAGUCUGCAACUCCAGAAACUCUUCUUAAGGAAGCUAUUCAUGUUAUCAGUUGUGGUUACGAGGAUAAAUCAGAAUGGGGAAGUGAGAUAGGAUGGAUCUAUGGUUCUGUCACAGAAGAUAUUCUUACUGGAUUCAAGAUGCAUGCCCGAGGUUGGAGGUCUAUUUACUGCAUGCCCAAGCUCCCAGCGUUUAAAGGUUCUGCUCCUAUCAAUCUUUCAGAUCGUCUGAACCAAGUGCUUCGAUGGGCUUUAGGUUCGGUGGAAAUUCUUUUUAGUCGACAUUGUCCCAUCUGGUAUGGUUAUAGUGGAAGGCUAAAGUGGCUCGAGAGGUUCGCAUAUGUGAACACCACAAUCUAUCCAGUCACUUCCAUUCCCCUUCUCAUGUAUUGUACCUUACCUGCUGUCUGUCUCCUGACUAACAAGUUCAUUAUUCCACAGAUUAGUAACAUUGCAAGUAUAUGGUUUAUCUCUCUCUUUCUUUCCAUCUUUGCCACGGGUAUCCUUGAGAUGAGGUGGAGUGGUGUUGGAAUUGAUGAGUGGUGGAGAAAUGAACAAUUUUGGGUUAUCGGUGGUGUCUCGGCCCAUCUUUUUGCCGUGUUCCAAGGUUUACUCAAAGUGCUUGCUGGAAUUGACACUAACUUCACUGUUACCUCAAAAGCAUCAGAUGAGGAUGGAGACUUUGCAGAACUCUACAUGUUCAAAUGGACAACCCUUCUCAUCCCACCCACGACGCUUCUCAUCAUAAACCUGGUGGGGGUUGUUGCAGGCAUCUCCUAUGCCAUCAACAGUGGCUACCAAUCAUGGGGUCCCCUCUUUGGUAAGCUUUUCUUUGCAUUUUGGGUGAUCAUCCAUCUCUACCCUUUCCUCAAAGGUCUCAUGGGUCGCCAGAACAGAACACCAACCAUUGUGGUGGUCUGGUCCAUUCUUCUUGCAUCUAUCUUCUCUCUGUUGUGGGUCCGAAUUGACCCGUUUACGACAAGAGUCACUGGUCCUGAUGUUGAGCAGUGUGGAAUCAACUGCUAG